GCGGAAAUUAUAAAUGACUUGCUUGACAGCUGACAUGAAACAAAAACAAAAAACAGUUUCCAAUAAUGUCUCUCGCAAAAUUUUAAUGAAAUUACUACAUAACAAAGUUUGGUUUUCUUAAUUAGGUGACUUAUAAGCACUGAGCGAUAUUAUUGCAUGCCGUAGAAUGCCUAUCACGAGCGUUUAGGUCUUUUGUCACUUAUAUUAAUUCAUUGCAGCAAAUGGAGGUGGACUUACACGACACUUUCUUGCGUGACGAGGAUCAGCAAUCACAACACAGCUCGAAACAAACAUAUUCAGUGCCAAAUAAAAGAAAAAAUGACAAACUACAGGACGAUAAAGCAGUAACUGAACAACAAGCUAAGGAGGAAAAGGAACAAGCUGAAAAUAUAGCUUCAAUGUUGAUGCGUAAUUAUGAUACCAAGUUAUACGGCGAGGAUGACACAUCACAGCCAACUUCACGUACUGCACCUAUUAUACCUAUAGAAGCUUCAAGGAAGAAAAAGAAAAGAAGGAGAUCACAAAUUUCAAUAUGUCUAACAAACUGCCGAUAUGAGUCAAUACGAAAAGUUGCUAGUGCUUUCGGAAUGCGAGAAGUAUCUGAAGAAGAUGCUUGGAAUUUUUACUGGACUGACAUGAGUGUUUCUGUGGAAAGAGCUAAAGAGAUGAAGAGGUUUCAGCGCAUAAACCAUUUCCCUGGAAUGUUAGAAAUCUGCAGAAAGGACUUGUUAGCACGGAAUUUAAAUAGAAUGCAGAAAAUUUAUCCUAAAGAGUAUAAUUUUUUCCCAAAAACUUGGUGCUUGCCUGCAGAUUUUGGUGAAGCGUUGAACUAUAGCAAAUCACGAAAAAAUAAAACUUUCAUAAUAAAACCGGAAUGCGGAAGUCAGGGCCGCGGCAUCUACUUGACGAAGUCGCUUAAAGAUAUUAAACCUACAGACAAACUUAUCUGUCAGGUGUACCUUUCCAAACCAUACUUGGUGGAUGGCUAUAAGUUCGACAUCCGAGUAUACACUCUUAUAACGUCUUGUGAUCCUCUCCGAAUUUUUGUGUACAACGAAGGACUUGUAAGGUUUGCAACGAGCCGGUAUGCGGACCCUAACGUGAACAACACGACCAAUGUGUUCAUGCAUCUCACAAACUACGCGCUGAACAAACACAGCCGCACCUACGUGUAUGAUUCUGAGGCGGGCAGUAAACGCAAGAUAUCGACUUUGAACAAGAUCCUGUUGUCGCAAGGAGUGGACUUAGACAGGCUGUGGCAUGCCAUCGACCAAGUGAUCGUCAAGACGAUAAUAUCUGCGUGGCCGAUACUCAAGCAUAGUUACCACGCGUGUUUCCCCUCGCAUGACAUGGUACAUGCUUGCUUCGAAAUACUGGGUUUUGAUAUUCUUCUGGAUCACAAGCUACAUCCCUAUAUAUUGGAAGUGAAUCAUUCUCCGAGUUUCCACACGGAUACGCAAUUGGACCGUGAGGUGAAGGAAGGCCUGCUGACAGACACGUUCACUAUGCUGAACAUAUGGCAGUGUGACAAGCGCAGGGUACUUGAGGAGGACCGCAAGAGGAUAAGAGAUAGGCUCCUACAAACUAACAAGUUCGCAGAAUUCACACCAACAGAAGAGAAAGAACCGGAGAAGAGCCCGUGGCAGACACAAAUACAGUGGGAGGAAACACACCUGGGAAACUUUAGACGUGUGUACCCGGUGGGCGAGCAGUACGCGUCGCUGUUCCAGCAGCCGUCGGGCUCGCUGUACACGGGCACGGCCUCCUCGCGGGCCCGCGGGGACUGCACAAGGCUGCAGCGGGAGGAGUUCCAGCAAACGAAAGCCAAAGCGGAAGCCCUCAAGAAACCAUCCCAACCCAAAGCUACAAAAGAAGGCGAAAAGAAACCCGGCGAAGAUGGUGCCACCACGAUAACGGCAGUCACUACCACAACGACUACUACCGAAAAGACCGGCAAAACUAAAUCUCGCACGGACAGAGAACAGAAACGCAAGGAGAAAGAGGAUAAGGACAAGAAGCUUACCAACAAACCUUCGCUUUCACUACAACCGGUACCCGAGAAAGAGUCCAAGCCUACGUACGUGCUGUGUUCAUUCGAGCCUGAUCCUAUAGUGGAGAAAGAGGAACGAGAGAGAGUCAACCUAUUGGCGCAGAGAGAUUUCCUCAUCAGGAGCUACGGCAUGUUAGAACAGAUUUAUUUAGUCAUGAAAAAAAUGGGAACACUGAGGCCAGAAGACGAACGCAAAUAUGGUGUCUACGGACGACUGUCAGUGGUUUCUAACUCCCCCAAGACCGGCAUUAAGAAGAGCAAAACAGUCGCACACAAGCCUAACGACCACGGUGAUAAUUCGGAAAGUGGAUUACAAGUGCAAUGCCGAGACGUAGUGAUAUGGAAGCGGCCGUCGCCUCUGGAAGAUAUUCCGGAACGCACUACCAAAGCGCACAUCGUCCGCACCGCUUACACCGUUUGGAAGAUGAAUUCGUUUAUUAGUUUCACUACCGCUGCCCAAGUAAAGUGGAACAGUGAUUCGACAUUAGCGACGCUCCUGUGUCGUCGUAGUGUUCAAGUCUUAUAUAAAGUUUGCUCACGAGAGCGCGUGUUAACCAAAUAUAGUCGUAACUAUUUCGAUAAUAUUAUGAUUAUUGUAUACUGCUACUUAUGACAAUUAUUAGCUUGCCAUAUAUCUCAAUUACACAUAAGAUUUAUUUUUAUAUUGUAAUUGCUAACGUGUUCAUAUUUAAUCAUGAUAAUUUUAACAUUACCGAUACUUAUAAUUAGAGUAAUUUUGUCAAUGUUAUGUAAAUUCUGGUGCAUAGAAAAAUAAGCAAUAACUGAAAGAUAAAUAUUACUAUAACUGUAUUCUUAUUUUUACAGUCAUCAUUGUUUUUAAUGAAAUAAAGGUAUAUUUUAAUAUCAAAUCUA